AAUUCUUCCUGUCUUCUUUUCAACAGGAAUAGAUUCAGACCAAAAGAUCCCCAUGUUCUCCAAUCAUAGCACACUUUCCAGGCCUGAAAUAGAUGGCGGGUCCACCCCCACCACCUCCACCCAGGUCUUCUACAUCAGUGUAAGCGUCUGCUGCAUUGUUAUCUUCCUUGUGGCCAUAAUCCUGGCUAUCCUACACCUGCACAGCAUGAAGAGAGUGGAGAUGGAGGACAGUGUGAGUGACAGUGGAAGUUCACAGGGCCGUCUCAGCCGUCCACCCAGACCACACAGUACCUGAGGGCUGACACUCCAAAU